AUGUUUGUCUCUUUAUCCAAUUUUGCAACCUGUAAGCAGUCCAAUGUACAAUCUUCCUCUAAGAUGGCCUUUUGGAUUAAAAAACCAGAAUACACUGUAUUACAAAGUCUGCCAUUACACACUUGCUUAAGUGGUGGAAAUAGCGAUAUUGGCAUUUUCAAAUAUAUCGAUAUCUUCACGAAUACUUGUCUGUUACUGUGCUGUCAAGUAAAAAUUAUACAAGCUAAAAUAAAGGUGUUAAAGAAGUUUUACUCUUGGUUGACUUGGUGGAAUAUAGAAAUUGUAAGGAACAUUCAAUUAGUUUUACUCUUUGGACCAAUCAUAACCAGUUCCGGUCAUAUUGCUCUUAGGCCAAUUCCAUCGUUAUAUUUAUUUAUUUGGGAAGAAUUCUCAUAA